AUGGAAGAAGCAACCAGUUCAGUCAGGCCAAGCCAGCCCUCUAUUAGGAAGAUGAGCAAAGCAGCGUGGAAUAGGAAAAUUUCUAAAAUUGAUAAGUUGGUUAAGCUAUAUAAGCAAUUGAGAGAAGCAAUAACAAAAUUGGAGAAGCGAGAAGUAUCUUUUGGUGAAGAUUACGAUGAACAAUUUGAAGAGACUUGUAACAGACGGCUGGUAAAACUUAUACAGAGGCGCUUGCAAAUACAUAACUAUUUGGUUCGAAAAGGGAUUUUUGUUAGUGAUACGGGCGAAGCCAUUCUUCCGGAUAUGAAACCAAAGUUGAUAAUAACUUCGACGGGUGUUGAAGACUUAAACACGCUUUUGACUGAAUAUGUUAACCAAGAAACUGACGCUGAAGUUUUGGGGUGUAACAUACGAGUACCUUACAGGCAUGUUACUGUAAACGAUGUGAAGAUGCUGGUAGAGAAAUUAAAGGAAACGAAUAAUACUCAGCUUUUUCGAGAUGAUCCUUUGGAAUUUGAUCAACUGAUUCAAAAUAUUACAUGCGAAGUAAAUAAAUUGGUGAAGCGAUUCAUUGAAGAUAAUCACCGAAUGGGUCUCGAUGACUGGACUCUUUCAGAUCAAACAAGUGAAAGCGGAAAUUUCUCAUCUACAUCAGCUGAUAUAGGUGCUACGGAAGGUGGAGACAGUUCGUUGAGUGUACCAACCUGGGAUAUUGCUAAUAUGGAAUUGCACGAGGCUUGUGGUCGGGGUGAAUUGGACUGUCCGGAACCAGAAAACAGUGGUGAUAUUGAUGAUACCGAAAUGUCACCUAGUGCUGAUGAGGAAGAAGAUGGAGAGGAAUGCGAGAGUGAUACUCAGUACACUGUAUUACUUUACUUACAGAAAAUUGAUAAAUUAAAUCCAGAAAAUUUUGGUGCUAAUGAAGAUAUGGAGAGUAAAAACAACGAAUCUGAUGAUAGCUGUUGUAUUGUCGAGGAACGGGUACAUGAACAGUGCGAGAGAAGCGACGACAGUGAUUGUUACAUAAUCGAAGAUGACGAAAAAUCGAGCUCAGAAGGAAUUAUUGACGAAGAUAUCGAAAACAUAGAAGCGCAAUCAGCAAAUGAUAUAGAAAACUCCUCAGGAAGUGGAAAAAAGGGUGUGGGAUUGGGUGAAAAAAUAAUUGAUGAUGAUGACGAUUGUUGUAUUAUCGAGGACUGA